AUGGGCAAGAUUAAGUGGGACUCCGUGGCCGACAAAAUCCUUGUCGCUAUCCUCCUUCAAACGCAUGAGCUGAGCAUUGAUUUUGUGAAGAUUGCGGAUGCAUGGCCUGCCAAGGAUGAUGAGGCUAAGCCGACCCCUCGUGCCAUUCGGGAGCGCAUCUUCAAGAUCAAGGAGUUGGGCAAGGCGAAUGCUGCCGCCGCUGGUGGUUCCUCUCCCGUCACCCCCAAGAAAAGAACCCCUCGCAAGAAGAACGCCGACACCACUACUCUGGACAGUCCUGUCCGCAAGCGCAAGCGUGUGACCAAGACCGCUGCCGAUGACGACGAGACGGUCAACACGGAUGAUGUUGCUAUCAAGCAGGAGGCUGAUCUGGCUGACAUUGACCCUCUACUACACUCGCAUGCUGACGCUGAGACUGCCGAUGCCGAAACCGGAGACGCUGAUGAUCAUGGCAAGGAUGCAGACUGGUCUCCGGAGCAGGAGGACGAUCUCCUUGCUGAUUCUACCUCGGAGCGCCUGGACUAG